AGUUUAUCAAAAAGCCCAAAACUGAGUGAUUUGAGUUUAAGAGAUUUGAAGGCUCACUGUGUUGGGGAGCAAGAACUCCUGUGUUCUCAGAAGUCUUUCUAGCUGGACUAAGAAUCAGAGUGACUUGAGAGGAAUAAAACAACUGUAACAGGUGUACAUAUGGGGGAUCCACAUAGACACGGGAAUUCCAAAGUCAGGCAACAUGAGGUCUGUAUGUCACUCUGAAGUCAGAAAGGGUGGGGGUCUGUGUUUUCAGAGGAGAGUAAUGCGCUUUGUGGGGCGAUAAAAACAUGUUUGGUAAUUAGACAUUUGCCCUGCUAUACAGAUGGGCCACUCAGAUAAAAUUUAUCUCCGCUAAUAACCCUUAUUCUGAGAAAGACCUCCAAUUUAGAUUCUUCUGUGUUCUUAAGGGAGGGGCAGAAGUUUCUCUUGAGCCCACAGGGUUCUCAAUACCUUCUGCUAAAGAUAAUCCACAUGCCAAACUGGCACAUUCUGAACCUCUUCAGCUGACUCCCAGCACAAUGAAUGAAAAAGACCCCCACUAAGACGCAACAUUGUGGCAUUUCAGAUUCAGAGCAUUGGGGAUAAGGAAAACAUCCUACAAAUCUUCCAAAAAGAAAAAAGACAACGAGCAGGGUGUCCGAGUUUUCCAUUUAGAUCAACAACUUCAAAUUCUUAGCAUGGAGAAUUCAGAGAAGACAGAAGUGGUUCUUCUUGCUUGUGGCUCCUUUAAUCCUAUCACCAACAUGCACCUGAGGCUAUUUGAGCUGGCCAAGGACUACAUGAACGGAACAGGAAAAUACAGAGUCAUCAAAGGCGUCAUCUCUCCUGUGGGCGAUGCGUAUAAGAAGAAAGGACUCAUCUCUGCCCACCACCGAGUUAUCAUGGCAGAGCUAGCCACCAAGAAUUCAGAAUGGGUGGAAGUUGACACCUGGGAAAGUCUUCAGAAGGACUGGGUAGAGACCUUGAAGGUGCUAAGACACCAUCAGGAGAAACUGGAGGCCAGUAGCUGUGAUCACCAGCAGGACUCACCUAGGCUGGAGAGGCCUGGACGGAAAAGGAAGUGGGCUGAACAAAGACAAGAUUUUAGUCAAAAGGAAUUGCUAGAGCCAAAAACAAAAGAUGUGCCAAAAGUAAAGCUGCUGUGUGGGGCAGAUUUAUUGGAAUCGUUCGGUGUUCCCAAUCUGUGGAAGAGUGAGGAUAUCACCCGAAUUGUAGGAGACUAUGGGCUCAUCUGUAUUACUCGGGCUGGAAACAAUGCUGAGAAAUUCAUCUACGAAUCCGACGCACUGUGGAAACACCGGAACAACAUUCACCUGGUAAAUGAAUGGAUCACCAAUGACAUCUCCUCCACAAAGAUCCGGCGAGCCCUCAGAAGGGGCCAGAGCAUUCGCUACUUGGUGCCAGACCUUGUCCGAGAGUAUAUCGAAAAGCAUGACCUGUACAGCCCUGAGAGUGAGGAGAGGAAUGUUGGGGUCAUCCUGGCUCCCUUGCAGAAAAACACUGCAGAAGCUAACUCGUGACUCCUGCACUUUGGACUUGUCUGUUGGGAAUGUGAAAAGAGUCUGGGUGUUAGUGACCGGGAAGAAGAAUCGUGAUCCUGUUUCCAUAAACUAAAGCUUUUUAAAAGUUUGGUAAAAAUCACCAGUAGAUGAAAAUAUGGUUUGUCUUUUUUUUUUUUUUUUUUAAUGUAGUGCUUUUUAAAAAAAAAAAAACAUGUUUAUUUGGAGAGAGAGCGAGUGGGAGAAGGUCAG